AUGGUGAAAAGGGGCAAAGCUAAGGCCACGGAGCCGGUCAAAGCUGCUGAUCCUCCGGCUACUGUGGCGAAGGAUGGCGGAAAGGGUAAAAAGGGUGCCAAACCGGAGGCGGCGAUUCCCCCUGAGCUCGGUCCAGUCGGUCCUCCCAAACCGACCGUCAAGCAGCUCAUCGGUGGUUCGUCGUGGACUGGCAAGCUACCGGUGAAUCUUUUGAGCGAGUACUGUCAAAAGCAAAAAUGGGAUCGCCCAGACUACGACACGCGCAAGACACCUGAUGGCUUCUCCGUGUUUGUCACGCUCAGCGCCAAGGACCCCAAGACGCAGCUGACGACGAAGCUGGAGCCGUUCAAGAUACCACCAACGCACAAGCACCUCAUCAUGCGUGACACGGCGAUAGAGGCCAAGCAUGCGGCGGCGACGUAUGCGCUCUUUCGUGUCUGCAGCAUGCAGAACAAGCACAUGGUGCUGCCGCCGGACCACAAGGCGCUCUGGAAGGACUUUCAGGCGCUGAAAGCGCUGGAUGUCAAGGACGGCAAGGGCUGGAUCUACGACGCGGAUCCCUUUAAAACAUUCCAUGAGCGGCAGGAAGCGAAAGCGGCCGUGGAAAAGAAGCGCAAGGAGGCCGAUGCGCUCAAGGCCAAGGCCAAGGAGAUGCCUGGUGCGGCGGGCCUGGUGCUUCUGAGCAAUGCAGGAGGUGGAGGGGGCAGCGGCGGCCACGGCGGCGGCGGCGGUGAUAGGGGAUUUAACAUGAUGAGGGGCUGGACGAAUGCGCCCAACGUGGAAAUGGGGCGGCAGACGCGAUCGCAGUUGGAAAACCUCUUGCGCAAGGGUGUCUCGUGGAAUCCGUAUGGGAUACAAAUGUCUAGGGCUCAAAAAGAGAGUGUCAUGGCAGAGCUGUGCAAAGUUGGCAUUGGCUUCCGCAAAAGCCACGUCGCCGAAGCUGUCGAGUAUUGCAAAGACCGAGAGGAGACGCUGGAGUGGCUCCUCAUCCAUGUCCCCGAGGACGACCUGCCGCGGUGGGCAUUGCCUGAGAAGUAUGCCGCUGGUGUGACGAUUGGAACCAACGAUCUUAAGAGGGACGGUACGAUACAACGCCUCUCAAAGAAUGGGUACUCGCUGGAGCUUUGCGCAAGAGUGUAUGAUCAGGUUGGCGGUGAUGAGGGCAAAACGGCAGAGGCACUGCAGACUCUUCUCUUUUCGCGGCCCAAAGAAGGCAGCGAGGGCGGAGAAGAGUCGCUUGACUUUUUGGACAUGGGAUCGCCGGAGGAGCAGUGGCGCGAAGAGAUGGAGAGCCUGGAAGCAAUGUACGGACCUCUCUUUUCAAGAGAGGAUGCGGACACGGUCAGGAUCCAGCUCGAGCCCGUGAAGAAUCCGCCUCACCAGGUAGAAGCUUCGCUGCAAGUGCGACGAGGCUCAAACUAUCCAGACACGCUGAUCCUCGGGAUCCUUGCCAAUCUGCCUUCCUACAUCAAGUUGAGCAUCAUGCGCAAGGCACUGGAGUACAUGGAUUCGUCACUACGAGAAGAGCCAAUGAAGGUGUACCUAGUAUUGGAUUGGAUCCAGCAAAACAUCAACGGCAUAGUAGAAGAUCCCGGAAAGCUGGUCGACAUUUCCGCAGUGUCGUCGGCCGCGUCGGAGCAGAAGCCAGGUGAUGCGGUCAAGUCGAGAAAACGAAUGCGCACCAAUGCCGGACCGAUCCGACGGAACGCCGAUGCGCGCAGCAGGGAGGCCUGGAUCAGGCGCCAAGAAGCCUCAGCGUACAAGGACAUGCUCAGCAAGAGACAAAAAUUGCCUGCGUGGCAGAUGCGCCAAAAGAUUGUGCAGACAGUCAUGGACAACCAUGUCACCAUCAUCAGCGGCGAGACGGGUUCUGGCAAAUCCACGCAGUCGGUACAGUUUAUUCUCGAUGACUUGUACGACCAAGGCCUGGGCAACUGCGCCAACAUGUUGGUGACGCAGCCGCGCCGUAUCUCGGCACUUGGUCUCGCGGACCGUGUUGCUGAAGAGCGAUGCGUACGUGUGGGACAAGAAGUCGGUUAUGCAAUUCGUGGCGAAUCGCGGCAGUCGAGGGAUACGAGAAUCACAUUCAUGACGACUGGUAUUCUGCUCCGCCGUCUGCAAACGUCUGGUGGACGCGUGGAAGAUGUGGUGGCCUCUCUUGCCGAUGUGAGCCACGUCAUUGUCGACGAGGUCCACGAGCGAAGUCUGGAUACUGAUUUCCUGCUCAACUUGAUUCGCGAAGUGAUGCGUAUCAAAAAGGAUGCCCUGAAGCUGAUUCUCAUGUCUGCUACACUGGAUGCUGCUUCGUUUAUAAACUACUUUGCGUCGGAAGGGCUGAGAGUUGGCGCCGUCGAAAUCGAAGGCAGGACGUUCCCUGUCGACAACUUUUUCCUGGAUGAUGUGAUUCGCAUGACAGGAUACAACGCCGACACUCCCGACGGCGGAUUCAUCGGCGAUGAGCUCAUGGGCAAGAUCAUCCAGAAGCUUGGCCAUCGUAUCAACUACAAUCUCAUCGUGGAGGCGGUCAAGGCCAUCGACUACGAGCUCACCUACGACAAGAACCGCGGCGGCAUCCUCAUCUUCCUCCCCGGCGUGGGCGAGAUUGGCCAGGCGUGUCGGGCCCUGCAAGCGAUCCCGUCGCUGCACGUGCUCCCGCUGCACGCCUCGCUCGAAACGCGCGAGCAGAAGCGUGUCUUUGCCAGCGCCCCCCACGGCAAGCGCAAGGUCGUCGUGGCUACCAACGUUGCCGAGACGUCCAUUACCAUUGACGACAUUGUCGCCGUCAUUGACAGCGGCAAGGUCAAGGAGACGAGUUUCGACCCGGGCAACAACAUGCGCAAGCUCGAGGAGACGUGGGCGUCGCGCGCUGCCUGCAAGCAGCGCCGCGGUCGUGCUGGUCGUGUCCAGGACGGCAAGUGCUACAAAUUGUAUACCCAAAACCUCGAGAACCAAAUGGCGGAGCGGCCCGAGCCGGAAAUCCGCCGCGUACCGCUGGAGCAGCUGUGCCUGUCGGUGCGCGCCAUGGGCAUGCGCGAUGUCGCCCGCUUCCUCGGCCGGUCGCCGACGCCGCCGGAAGCCAUGGCGAUUGAGGGUGCCAUGAAGCUGCUCCGACGCAUGGGCGCGCUGGACGGCGACGAGCUCACGGCCAUGGGCCAACAGCUAGCCAUGUUGCCGGCCGACCUGCGCUGCGGUAAGCUCAUGGUGUUUGGCGCCAUCUUCGGCUGCCUGGACGACUGUGUCACCGUGGCCGCCAUUCUCAGCACGCGAAGCCCGUUUCUCUCGCCCCAGGACAAGCGUGAGGCGGCCAAGGAGGCCCGCAUGCGCUUCUUUGCCGGCGACGGCGAUUUGCUGACGGACCUGGCGGCGUAUACGGAGUGGAAGAGCCUGAUGCGCGACCGGAUUCCUAUGAAGCAGGUGCGCGCCUUUUGCGACGACAACUUCCUCUCGCAUCUCACCUUGUCGGAUAUUUCCAAUACCAAAUCGCAGUACUACACGGCGCUGGCCGAGAUGGGCCUCGUGUCGCCCAAAGAGGCAGCGGCUGCGGAAGAGGAUACGAUGGCAAGCGAUACCGGUGGUGGCGGUGGCGGCAAAAGGAACUCGCAGCUGCUGCGCGCGCUCAUCGCGUCGGCAUUUACGCCGCAGAUUGCGCGGAUCCAGUACCCAGACAAGAAGUUUGCCAGCUCCAUGUCGGGCGCGGUCGAGCUGGACCCGGAAGCGCGGUCGAUAAAGUACUUUAACCAGGAAAACGGGCGCGUGUUUGUGCACCCGAGCAGCACCAUUUUUGACAGCCAGGGGUUUUCGGGGCAUGCGGCGUACAUGGCGUACUUUUCCAUCAUUGCCACGUCCAAGGUGUUUAUCCGGGAUCUUUCCCGAACAGCAUUCAACGUGUACACUCUCCUCAUGUUCUCCGGCCCGAUUGAGCUCGAUACGCUCGGCCGCGGUCUGCUGGUGGAUGGCUGGUUGAGGCUGCGCGGGUGGGCGCGCAUCGGCGUCCUGGUCGCGCGGCUGCGCGGCAUGGUGGACGAUUUGAUUGCGGAAAAGGUAGAGAAGCCGGGCUUGGACCUGCGCGGCAACGAGGUGAUUAAGCUGGUGACGAAACUGAUUGAACUAGACGGUUUAGAUGCGUAG